UCUCCGUCUGCGAGCUUCAGUCCAGAUUUCAGCCCUGCCUGAGAAGCUGCUCCGUCCUCGUGCUGCUGCUGUUGUACCUGCUCUGCGCCGAAUACACCGAAUUACGGACCAACAUGGGAGUGGAAGGCUGCACCAAAUGUAUCAAAUACAUGCUCUUCUUCCUCAACUUCAUCUUCUGGCUCGCCGGAGGUGUAAUCCUGGGAGUGGCUCUGUGGUUGCGACACGACACCAAGAUCAGCAGCCUGCUGGAGCUUGAAUACGAUGGGACCCAUGCCCCCAGCACCUUCUACAUCAGUGUGCACAUUCUGAUCGCUGUGGGCGCGGUGAUGAUGGUGGUCGGCUUCCUCGGCUGUUAUGGUGCCAUCCAGGAGUCCCAGUGUCUGCUGGGAACUUUCUUCGCCUGCCUCGUCAUCCUGUUCGCCUGUGAAGUUGCAGCUGGAAUUUGGGGCUACAUGCACAGAGACACGGUUACAAAGGAGAUGAUAACUUUCUACGACUCUGCCUAUGACAAAGCCAUGGAGAACACCCUCACUGAUCCAGACAAGAAGAAGGCCGCCUCCCUUGUUCUCAGGGGCUUCCAUGAGACGCUGAACUGCUGUGGGAAAGGCGUGGGCACCAACAUCUUCACGCAGAUGACAGACAAACUGGGCGUGACCAACAUAUGUCCCAGCCAAGGAUCCAUGGUUAACUGCCACGAUAGGAUCAAGGACCUCUUCAACGAUAAGAUUUACCUGAUCGGCAUCGCCGCUCUGGUGGUUGCAGUUAUUAUGAUCUUUGAGAUGAUCUUCAGCAUGGUGUUGUGCUGCGGGAUCCGCAACAGCCCAGUGUACUAAAGUGACGGGGCUCCAGCCAACAGCCAAUGAACGAAGGGAGGACGAGCUCGCCGUCUCUUUGUUUUUUGUUUUUUUUUAUAACCAGGAAAUGCCACAUGUAUUGCUUGCUGGAUUUUAGUCAGCUCUUAAAGACAAUAUCCCAUUUUUAUUACACUGUCAAUGAUUUAUUUUUUUUGUUUUUGUUUUUAUUAGUCACCGAUGCUGUUAUGCAUAUUAGAGCAGUGUUAUAUGUAGAUAUGCUAUCACACUGUCACACCUUUCACCAGUCGAGGUGCUGUAAUCCUUUAGUGACCGAUUAGUUGUUUACUCCUUUCCUGCCUACAACCAUGCUCUUAUAUUGGGGUUUUAUGGCUGUUAUCCCACUGUUUUCUGUACAAACUGUAUAUAAAUAUAUGUGGACAGUGCUUUAUGUCUGCCUGAGCAUGGAUGUUGUAUAUCAUGAGAUCCUCCUCCAGGAUUUUUCCUGCACACUCUGCUUGUUUGUGUCACUCUAGAUUGAACCAGACAGAAGGUGUACACGACCGGCACUCGUGAAGUGCUGGGGGUCAGGCACGCACGCGCGCACACACACACACACACAUACACACACACACACACACUCUUUUUCUGGUCAUACUGUGGGAUGUUUGCAGGAACUGAAAUGCUGAAUCUGAAGCUGGAACCAAAGUCGGUGACCUCUGAUAUCCGGCUUCGUUUGCUUUGUUUGUUGUUCCAAACUUUCUGUGCUCUUAUUGGUGGAGGCGACUGUCUUAAACACUAUGAUCAUCGUCCAAAAAUCAGAUGGGACGUUUAUCAAAAUACGGCUUUUGGUGUUGAUGUAUGGGUCAUUUUUGCUUCCAUGUCCUGGUCACGUGCAUUUCCCAGCACUCUUUGUGGCAGCUGGUUGGCCUUGUAGGGAGUUGAUUGUCUUUAGUUUGCUCGCAGUCUCAGUCAAAAUCCAAAAGAUAAAGAGUAAAUAUUAGAUUUGAAAUAUAAAAAUAUAAAAUAAUCCAGAUUCAAUAAAGGCCUUUACUAAUGAAAUGUGCUAAUUAAUAAUUGUGAGCUUAUUUUGAAGCAUCCGUUUUGUCAGUGGAUGCAGCCGCUGUUCUGAGAUCUGUUGAACAAAAACCAGAAACUGGCACAUUUUUGGCAAAUGAAAUUGAGGUAUGGGUUGGAGAGGAUGCAGAUGGAAAUAAAUCAAUUUUUAAAAAAUGGCUAAAUGAAUACAAUCAGAAAUGAAAAGUAAAUUAAAUUGAAACAUCAAUUAAUGCAUGUUAGAUUUAUUCAGUGUUUAUCCUGAUUUUUCUUAUUUUGAUGAAUUUAUUGUCACUGCGGUCAUUUUGUUUUUUCCUUUAUUUGUAAAUGUGGCAGCUCUGGCCCUCCAUACAUUAUGGCCUUUAGAAAGUCUAGCAGCAGACAGAGCCUCAGUUUGGAGUUUGAAUCCUGUUGCCUUGUCUGGUUGAGUCUAGUCUCAUCUAAUCUGAUGUGGUCAUGUCGUCGUCAUCCUUCUGGCUUCGUGGCCUGGGAGCAGUCUUCCUCACCGCUCACGUUAGCAGUGCAGGAGCAGCUCAUCUGUUCUGAAUCGUCCUCUUCAUAACGCGCGUGGCCUCUAACAGAACCGUCCGAGCUGAGCUGCAGUGCGUUGGUGCACGAGCAGCUCCGGGGCGUUUUUAUUCCACUAACUUCCUGCUUCACCUGGCCGACACCUCACUACACCGCAGCCCUCUAACUCCUCCUGAACACUCACCUUCAAUCAUAUCUUGUGUAUCCCUCCAUAUAAUCGUAGCUUUUCUCAACCAAUUAAAACUUUGCCUUGUUAACUAAGUCACACUCGAGCUGAGAACCUGCGAGAGUGUGACGUGCAGCUCUGAUGUAUUGUACUAAUGAAAAUAAUGAAGGCUGUAGAAACAAUGUAUGCCUUUUUUCUCUUUGUAUUGUGAUAUGUGUGUGUCUGGUACGUCAUCAAAGGAGUCUGGAUGGAGGGGGGGUGGUUUGUGGCAGCAUGGAUGGAGAAAGAAGUCAAACCCAGUGCUGAUGCUGCCUUCUCAAUAACUGCCACAUGAAUCUCCUCUCUGCUCUGUAGACUGUGGUUUGCCCAAAUAUAAAGGGAUUAAAUGUAUUUUACAAAUAA